UUGGAACUUAAAUUAUCCAGAAAUUCUUACGACAUAUUAGCGAAAGAUACAAAAGAUCGCGGAUGUCGAAUUUUUCCCUGUUGGAGUACUCUUGGACGUGCUAAAGGAGACUGUUGUCCAAAGGAUUACAGCAUAUCUGAGGUUUUGUUUCUAUUUAAUAAUCAAAAUUACCUUUCACGAUAAUUUUUAAAGUAAUUUGUUAAAAUCUGAACAGUAGCUAUAAUUUCUGUAUUUGCGAGGCAUCUCCUCAUUUCGUGUAUGCGACUUUAGCACUCGAUUUAACAACACUCAGAAUGCUAUAUAGAAAAUUAGGAUGAUUUUAUUAAUUGCUUAAUUGCCGUUUUACUUAGAGUAAAGGAAUUCAGAGUUUGUUUCUAAAUUAUAUUUUCAUAAUUUUUAACAAAAGGUUGAGGUAUCCGUUCCAAUGCAACAGAUGCUAGAAAAGACUGCCGAAAGAUUAUGCGUAGCUGUUACAUCAGAUUGGCCCAAAACUGCUAUGAAUAGCAUAGAGUUGUCGGUAACGACUGGAUUUGAUGGUGCCUCUGGCUAUGUUAACCCUCAGCAGAAAUUUUACGAUGAGGAGAAUGAUGACCGAAGUCCAUAUCAGUCGCUAUUUGUAUGCGGAGCUCUAAUUAUCCAACUUAAAAGUCUGUCCAAUCCGAAAUACCUCUGGAAUAAUCCUACACCUCAAAGCUACCGUUUUUUUCGGCCCUUGAAAAUCGCACAUCAAAAAGAAGACAAUGAAAUGGCUCUCGAAGAAUACAAUCGUUUGGGCGAAGAAAUUAAACACCUUAAGCCUUUCAAAUUUACAAUGGGCAAAGGCGUUACAGUGAUGGUUGAAUUUUCAGUAUCAAGAACCCUUUUCGAUGGGAAAAAUGUGAACGCGAUUGUAGGAAACAAAGCCACUCAAAGAUGCCCAAUGUGUCUAAUAACAUCCCACAAUUUCAACAAUCAAAAUGUUUUCAUACCAAAGGAAGGCUCACUAUCCCAUGGCUUGGGCCUUUUACACUGUGAAAUAAAAAUUUUCGACCAUCUGCUUCAUAUUGCUUAUAAACAAGAAGUGAAAGUAUGGGAUGUCACCAAAAACAUAAAAGAGUCUGUUGAUUUGUACGCUGGUCAAGUGAGAGAUAGAUUAUAUAAUGCUUUUAAAAUCAGAGUGGAUCAAGUAAUACAAGGCAAAGGGACAUCCAACAAUGGAAAUCUUGCCCGAAAAUUCCUUGAUAGACCCAAAGACUUUGCCAACGCUUUAGAUAUUGACGAGGAGUUAGUUUGCAAUCUCGCUACUAUCACUAAAGUUUAUAGAAGUGCGUUGGAGAUUGAAGUAGAGGAGCUUAAAAAGUUUAGUGAUUUUACUUAUAAACUCCACUAUAUAAAAUAUCCAUGGGCUCGCAUGAACCCUUCCAUGCAUAAAAUUUUACAACAUGGUCCUGAUAUUGUGCGGCAGUUUCCAAUGCCUGUUGCAUUUUAUGCGGAAGAUGCUCUCGAAAGUAUGCACAAAAUACACAGAGAGACAAUUCGGGAACAUUCUAGAAGAAAUAGUAGAGAAAACGCUAUCCUGGACACUUUCAACAGGGCAGUAUACUUGUCAGACCCAAUCCUUUCAAUGGUUUAUUUGGACAGAAGGCGAGAAAUGCAUAAGAAGAGACCACUUACUAAUGAUAUUACUCGAUUUUUGAAGCCAGGACAGUGGACUGACCCUGAAGACAGGAGUAAUGAGGAUUGAUGCAUACAAAGAGCGACUGAUAAGGACUUCGGUGGUCAUUCUCCUCAUCGUAAAAUUUCUGCUGAGGAUUAACAUAGCCAGAGGCACCAUCAAAGCCACUCGUUAUCGACAACUCUAUGCUCUUCAUAGCAGUUUUGGGCCAAUCUGAUGUAACAGCUACGCAUAAUCUUUCGGCAGUCUUUUCUAGCAUCUGUUUUUCAGUGAAUUUUCUGGGUAUUAGCCAUUCACCCCUUAUUUCAACCCCUAAUUUAGGGGUUGAUGGUAUCCUAAUAAGCUUUUCCUUAAUCUAUAUUAAAUAUACUACAAUUAAAAAAAA